AUGGCGCCUCCUGGCACGUACCGGGCCGCUUCGGGGAACACGUGCUUAGGAGGCCGUUACCAGGGAUUCAUUUUCGUAGCAAAGACCCCCCAGAUAAUUGUUAUCAUCUCUGGUUUCCCUGUGAUAACAGGAUUCCUGCAUCUGGGUGGCCUUCGCACUGCUCUGUACAAUUAUAUUUUUGCCAAAAAACAUCAAGGGACCUUUAUUUUGAGAGUGGAGGAUACAGAUCAAAACCGAGUGGUGCCUGGAGCUGCAGAAGGAAUAGAAGAUAUGCUGGAUUGGGCAGGUAUUCCCCCUGAUGAGAGUCCUCGCCGUGGUGGUUCCUUUGGACCCUACCAGCAGUCGCAGAGACUUGACCUGUACAGGAGAGCCAGCGAUACGCUUUUGGAGAGCGGGGCGGCGUACCGCUGCUUCUGCACCCCUCAGCGCCUGGAACUGCUGAAGAAGGAGGCUCUGCGGAGCCAGCAGACCCCGCGAUACGACAACCGGUGUCGGCACCUGACGCCCGCGGAAGUGUCUGAGAAGGUGGCACGGGGCCUCGGCUGGGUGGUCCGCUUCCGCCUGGAGAGGGGAGUGCAGCCCUUCCAGGACCUGGUCUACGGCUGGAGCCGGCACGAAGUGGCCGAGGUGGAAGGUGACCCGGUGAUUCUCAAGGGGGAUGGUUUCCCCACUUACCACCUGGCAAACGUGGUGGAUGACCAUUACAUGGGCAUCACCCACGUUCUGCGGGGAACUGAGUGGCUGAUUUCGACGUCCAAGCACCUCCUUCUCUACAAAGCCUUUGGCUGGGAUCCCCCCCAGUUUGGUCACCUCCCGCUGCUCCUCAACAAAGACGGUGGCAAGCUGUCGAAGAGGCAGGGGGACAUCUUUGUGGAGAGCUUUGCUCGGGAUGGCUUCUUGCCAGAGGCCCUCCUGGACAUCGUAACCAACUGCGGCUCUGGGUUUGCAGAGAAACAGAUGGGGAGGACUCUGGAGGAGCUGAUCUCGCAGUUUGAAACAGGCAGAAUCACAACCCAUUCUGCCCUCCUGGAUCUCGAAAGCCUCCCAGAAUUCAACAGGAUUCACCUCACCCGUCACAUUGAGGACGAAGGGCUGCGGCAGGAGCUCAUUAGAGAGUUGCGGUUGCUGGUGGAGCACGUCUAUGGGGACCAACAGGUGGAUCAAGACGUUCUACAAAAGGAGUACAUGGAGCGAGUCCUCCUGCUGAGAAAAGGUCACAUAAGCCUCCUGAAGAACCUGGUGUCGUCUGAUUAUUCUUACCUGUGGGUUAGGCCCUCGGUGUCCCGAGAGCAGCUACAAACUAUUUCUGCAGAAGUAGAUGAAAUAGGAAAACUAGUCUUAGGGCUUAUGAUGAGACAGGCAGCUGGUUUGACCAUGGAGGAGUUGAACAGAGACCUGAGAAGCCUCCAGAAGCAAACCAAAGAGACCAAGUACAGCAGCAUGAUGCAGCUCCUUCGCUUGGCUCUCAGUGGGCAGCAGCACGGGCCCAGCGUUGCUGAGAUGAUGGUGACUCUGGGACCCAAAGAAGUGUGUGGACGAAUACACAAAGCCCUCUCUGGCUAAUAUGAGACAGAAAUGAUGCUGACAGCCAGCCUGCGGGCCCGGAUGGUGUAGGCAGCACUUGUCGUCGUCCUAGACCUGUAUUUUUGAUCUCAGCUUGAUUAUCUUUGAUCAGAUGAGCUGGGCUUUAGACCGGGCGAGUGUCACCGAGAUGCCUCCAGGUCUCUAUGUAUCUGCACUAAGCACGAGCCACUUCGUCCACGAGAGGAACCAAACGCAGAUUUAGGUCCGUCUUUCUGUUCUCAUCUCGUGCCAAGAGCCUGGUUUCCAGGCUGGGAGAAAGACGUUCAUCUGAGUUCAGACCACAUGGACAGAAAGGGACGCUCCUUCUGAAAGCAGCGUGGCUCGGCUCAAGCCAUCGGCCUCUUCGGAGAGGGCUUCACAGUCAGGGCACCUACACCUACACUGGUCCCCAGCAAAUACCGUGGGAGGGGAUUUUUCUGUAUAUAAAUAUAUAAUUUGUGCACGAUAGCUGCUGCCCUCUCAGCUGCCCCAGCGUCCUGCCGGGCGGCGUGCGCUGCUCCGAGUGGGGGAUUCUCCCCACUGUGUCCUGUGUCACGCGUGUGGACCUGCUAAAAAUAUCCCCAACCGGGAGAUUGGGAUGUUUUUUCCUCUUUUGGAUGAUGACCUUUUAAUUAUUAAAUUAAUGUGGUGA